AUGUCGUUUUUGCCAAAGGCACUCAUCACGACAAGCGGGCAAUUGAAGAGAAAUGUGAUAGAUACUGCACACGAAACGCAGCCCAAGCGUUUCCAAUAUGUCUCUCAAGCGAAGAGUUUCGUGACAUUCUUUCAAUAUCGCCCAUAUCUCGUCUGGAUGCGAGCUUUCUGCCUUAUCAACAUACGCCCCGUUUGGAUCAGACUCCGAUGUUGUGUAAUUGUGCAGUGUCAAGGACGUUACGCGGUGAAGAUGAGGAGUGUAGCUUCAGUGAGAAACGGGCUGGAGGACAAUUCCUGAGAAGAUGAUGAAGGGAUGCCGCUAGACCGACACAUGAAGGGUGUGAAGGUUUGGCGAG